CCUCAAGUGCCCUCAAGGCCAUAGCCAUGCCCCGUCGAUCUACACGUUUGCGGGUCGUUCAACAGAGAGACCUCGCGGGAACUUCAGACUCAAGCAACGAGGACGAUGAUUUCACUGAAACAGAAGAGGAAGAAGAGGUGGUCCCACCACCGAGGAAGAAGCGGCGCCCAACCACGAAGUCUGUGACGCGAAAAGACACCCAGGAGCGCAUUAUCUCAGAGAAAUGGAAGAAAGUACGAGGGAGACGGGGUCUUCUCAGCUCUCUGAAAGAGUUUCCUCUGGACGUGUUGUUCGAAAUUUUCGAACAACUGCAGCCUGAAGAUCUAUUAAACUUAUCUCGCACUACCAAGAGCUUUCGAGAGAAUCUCUAUCCCGGGUUGAAGGUGCGUUUGUACAGGUUGAGACUUGAUGUACCACCCAAAAGUAUCGACCUCAGGUCUUCCUCCCGUUCCUGCCGAUCUUACUGA